UUUCCAGACUCGCGCAUGCGCGCACCCGCAAACACCACCCACACACCGCCCGCACCGGGGGGAGCGCUCCCUUCUCUCGCUUGCUCGAGUGGGGGGGGUUGGCUGUCCAAUCGGAGGGCGAGCCGCGGGGUGAUUGAUGGCCGCCGAGUGCCGGCCGGCCAAUGGUGGAGGGCGGUGUGCGAGGGGGGCGGGAUUACCUGCCCCAAGGUGUGUGCGCGGGGGGGGGGCGACCUGAGGGGAGCAGUGAUGGGGGGGGCGACGGGGGCAAAAGGGCUGAGGGUGGUCGUGAGGGAAGCGGCUGUUGUGAGGAGAGCCCAGGGAGAGCGGGCGGGGAAGCUGCGGCGAAGGCGACGCGAACGAGGCCGAGGGGAGGGGACGGGCAGCGCAGCCCGGGAGGAGGAAGUACGGUGCUUUUUUUUUUUUUUUUUUUUUCGUUUUGAGCGUUUUUUAAUACCUACUUUGGUGCGAUCUCAGUCGGCCACUGCUGAUUGGCUGCCGCUGCCAGUCUCGCGGAGGGCUGGGGAAAUCCCGCGAGAGGAGCGCCGCGCCGACCGGGGGGCGCGGGCGCUACGCGUUCGUCUCGCAGACAAAGCGGAGCUGCGGGUGUGGGGCAGCGCUGUGCUGCGGGGCUGUGAGGGACCUGGGACAACGAUGAGGAAGUUGUGCCCUGUGGUGGCUUAUUGCCACACUGACACCAACCCCCCGUGGCUUGCUGCUCUGCUAUUGCCCCUUACAGCCAGCUGCUGUGAUGGCAUCUGAGUGAGCAGGGCUUCCGUUUGCUGAGACUUUCCCCUUUGGCCCCAGGAUGUAAGUGCAAUGUGAAGUUAUUAAGAAGAAAGAAAGGAACAGUGCUGAGCGCUACAAUUGCACUGUGGAAAUGGAGGUUUUCAUCAAAAUAAACUCACGUUUUUCAGGUAGUGAA